GCGGAGCGGAGGCGCCCGGCAGCGCGCCGCGGGGCGCCGCCGCCGCGGCCGCCCGCGCGCUGCGGGAGCUCGAGGCGGCCGUGCCGGGCCUGCGGUCUGCCGCCGCCUCGGCGCGGCGGGCGCUCGCCGCGGGCUCGGCGGCGAGCUCGACCUGGAUUGCGGGGGCGCGCAACUUCUCCAGCACGCUCCACGGGGAGACGCUGCACACCCUGCGGGCGUUCCGGGUAGCUGCUGGCUGGGACCCGGUGCCCGUCGCGAAGCCCAGCGCGGGCGCCAGAGUCGCCGCCGCAGCACCGUGGGCGAUCACGCUGCUGUCCCUGUGCGUGUCGGGCUUCCUCCUCGUGGAGCGGGGCACCCUGCAGGUCCCCGUGGGCCUGCAGGACGCCGUGGCCGGCAUCUCGCAGUACACGCCCCAGGGGCCCGCGCCCUGGGGCUCCAGCCUCUCGCAGAGCGGGGCGCCGGCGGCGGAGCGGGCCGCGGCGGACGCCGGCUCGGCGAGGGCGCUCGCGGAGCAGGACGCCAGCUCCGUGAUCUCCGCGGUGACCUUCGGGGCCUUCCUGGCCACGGCGGGGGUCUUCGUCCACCUCGAGGUCCAGCGCGGAGCGGCCUGGUCCCUCCGCCUCGCGGCGGCGCUGCGGCGCUCCUCCGAGCUCGCCCGCCCGCACCUGCGGCCCGCGCGGCUGCUCCUGGGGCGCGCCGCCCGCGCGGCCUCCCGCUGGCUGCCGCCGCUCCCCGCCGGCGCGCGCGCACGCUGCCGCGGCGCGGCGGCGCGGCUGCAGGCCGCGGCCGCGGGCGUGCGCGCGCUGCUCGCGGAGGCGGCCGGCGGCGCGCGGGGCCGGCGGCCGCCGCGGCCGCGCGUGGCGCCGUGGCGGAGCGCGCAGAAUGCGGGAGGCGCUGCUGCGUUCGGCGAGGACGAGCUCAAAGACUACAAUCGGGCGCACCGGAAGGUCUUCCGCAGGCAGGCCGAGGGCGUCAUCGUCGUGGAGGAGUGCAUGAGCGCCAGGUGCGGCAACAGGCGGUUGACACCAUCGCCUGGGCCCCAGAUCGAAGAUCUCGGUCCAGCGUGA